UGAUGCCCGUCACUCAUCGACAAUAAUUGGUUACAUAAAUUUCACAAAUUUUUUUGUUUAAUUACCACAUAAUAAAUAUAGGUAUGCAUGUAGGAGGGAUCGUCGCACGUUUAGAUCACCGUUAGUUCUGUGAAGAAGUGCAAUCGUAAAGUUUGUUUAUAAUUAUUGCUGUGAUCGCCAUGGCUGUCAUUUUCCCGAAGUUACUGCUUCUGCUACUAGCAAUCGCCGGGGUCCACUUGAGGGACUGUCACUACCGAUUUUGGAAAUCGAUAUCGUGCACCGGAAUCAAAUCCUUGGAUCAACUGAGAAACGGGGUACACGAAUCCAUUGAGCUUGACAACGUCAAAAAGCCCGAUUUUGAAGGUUUGGAAAUGGAGCACAGCCAAAUCGACUUUCUCAACUCGAGCACGUUUGAAGGCUUCGACGAAAUCCAAAGGUUCAAAAUUCUCUUCAGCAACGUCAGCAGCAUACCGGACGGCACUUUCGAAAAGUUGAAGAAUCUCGUCGAAAUUCAAAUUGGUUUCAGUAACGUCGCCGAUCUUGGGGAUGAAGCGUUUCGUGGGAUGCCCAACUUGCAGCUGCUUCACUAUUACGUGACGAAGGUCGGAAAAUUCCACAAGGAUGCGUUCGGGGACCUUCGGUCCCUAACCAAGCUCGAUUUGCACAACGACGACUUGGAAGAAAUCGAAGAGGGCACUUUCGACAACCUGGUCAAUUUGAAAGAAUUGGAGCUGCUUGGUAACAAACUGAAGCGCCUACCCGAAAAGGCUCUCGCGAAGUUGACCUCGGUCGAGAACAUCUGGAUCGCAGACAAUCAGCUGGAGCUCCUGGACGCGGACACCUUCGCCGGCCUAUCAAAUUUGAAGACGCUCAACUUACAAGGCAAUCGCUUGAGGAGUUUACCCCCGAAGCUUUUCGACGGUUUAGACGCGCUCACCGAGCUCUUGAUACGGCAGAACCUCAUAACGGAAGUGGACGAGGGGGUUCUUUCAAGUUUGAAACACCUGAAAACGCUCGAUCUGGCCAGUAAUCAAAUUUCAGCAUUACCGGCCGGUUUGUUGAGCAAUUUAAGCGACCUUGAAUCGCUCGGGCUGUCCGAAAAUAACGUAACGAGCUUAAACCCCGACGCGCUCAAGGGACUUACCAAGCUCGCGAUGUUAGACCUGAAGAAAAACCAAAUCGUCGCAAUUCCCCCGGGGUUUUUCGCCGACAACGGCCAGCUGAAGACGCUCGAGCUUAGCGCGAACAAGCUUAAAGAAUUAGCGGCGACGACGUUUGACAAUUUGAAGCAGCUGUCUUACUUGUACUUGUCACAAAACCAAAUUUCGGAAAUGGAUCAGGGCGCGUUUCAGUCUCUGGAGAGCUUGGAGUACUUGGAUCUGAGCGACAACCAGUUGGAGGCGAUCGCGCCUAACGUUUUCGGCAAUCUGAGGAAGAUGCAAACCCUGAGUUUGGCCAGAAACAAAAUUAAAGCGCUACCUGCUGGAAUCUUCGACGCCCUGACGUCGAUAUCCGCCAUUUACUUGCCCAGCAAUCAGAUCACCAGCCUGGAACCGAACCUGUUUGACAACCUGUCAAAUUUGAGCAGCUUGGAUGUGUCCGAUAAUAAACUGGAGAGCCUCCCACCGGGACUCUUCAAAAAUCAGCGAGAACUGAAAUCGUUUUACCUAAGCAAUAACAAGCUGAAGGCCAUCGAAGGCGAAUCCCUGAAGGGAUUGUCAGCGCUCACGUUCUUCCGUUUGGAAAACAACCCCAUUGCACGCAUCGACUGUGACGCCAUCGCCCAUUUGACCGCUGUUGAAUUUUUAACCUUCGAUAACAACAACAUAAACGAGGUCUCUCCCGGUUGCUUCUCCAAGUUGAAGAACCUCUACUCACUGGAGAUCACGAAGAAUAAACUAAAAACCCUGAAGAAAGGGAUCUUCGACGGACUGGAAAGGGUGAUGACCUUAAAUUUGGACGAUAACGAAAUUGAAGAUAUUGACGAGGGUGCGUUCUCCGGCCUGGACACUAUUCAAAGAGUGUCGCUUCAUAACAAUCGCAUCUCUAAGAUUUCAAAGUCGACCUUUACCGGGCUCGAAAACGUAACUAUGCUGACCUUAACCGCGAACAAAAUUGCCUCUAUCGAUUCCACUACCUUUCAGCUCGUGGCGAACCUGCAGUUCCUCUACUUGGGCUCGAAUCGGCUGAGCAAGCUGGAGGGUGACGUGCUCGACAAACUACCACAUUUGCUGGUGUUGGACUUGUCGGAUAACGGAAUCGAAAGUCUUCCCGCUGACCUCUUCAAGUCAACCAAACUGCUGAACACGCUCCAUUUGAACAAAAACAAAAUUCGCAAUUUGGAAAAGGGCACCAUUCCGCCCGCCGACGACUUGCAGUACCUGUACCUCAACAACAACGAAAUAGAAGAAAUAAAACCGGGGGCCUUUGGAGAGUUCAGGCAGUUGCGCGAUGUGGAUUUGUCGAACAACACGCUGAAACACGUCACGUCCGAGAUGUUCGCCGGGCUGACGCAGCUGUUCUCGAUCCAUCUGGAAAAUAAUCAAAUCAGCGAUCUCAACCCGAAUACGUUCGACAAUCUUCCCGCAUUGUCCCGGGUGACUCUGGACGGAAACAAGUUGGACGCUAAGGUGUUGAUGAUUAUCGACAGCAAAUUUCCGGAGCUUAAACCGAUCAUCCUUAAUUAAAACUGUUUGAGGGUAACAGCCGCUGUGAUUGUUGAAUUUUUAUUAAUGUAAAUACCAUAAAAAUAAAGAGUUUUAGCAUA